UCAUGUCAGUUGUCGGUUCGUAAUCGAUUAUUUUCACGUAAUUGUUUUUUAUUAUGAAGAUAUUAUAUACGUGAAACAAACUUUGAAUAUGGUCUUACUGCAUCGCCUGCACUAGUGAAAUCGGCUGACUAUUUUUUGUGCAUUAGUUCUUUCGAGACAGGUACAAUAUGGCACAUAAGGAGGAGGAUGAGCCUUUUCAAGAAGAAGACGUUUAUAUCAACCCCGAAGAUGGUAUGCCUAAUGUUCACCCCAAUAUAGCUAAUUUAGAACAUGAAAGUGACUCACAGGACGAAGUCAACGAUUUGGACGAUAUACCGAAGUCUGUUAUUGUCACAAACAUUCAUAGUGACGUUUUCGCAAACGCAAAACUAAAAGCCGAGUUGGAAGAUCUUUUCCGAACCUUUUCGGAGAACGUUACAUUUCAGUGGCUCCGCAGUUUUAGACGGUUGCGUGUGAACUAUGACAGCCCAUUGGCGGCCGCUAACGCCCGUGUGCAACUACACCAGUAUCAGUUUUAUAACUCGUGUAUAAACUGUUACUUCGCUCAGCCGGUGACGCCCAUUUCUUUUAAGAAUUUGAGGCCGCCCGCUCCCGUGAAGCAAUUUUUGAUUUCUCCGCCGUCGAGUCCGCCGGUGGGAUGGGAACCGCGAGAGGAAGGCGAGCCGCUGGUGAACCACGACUUGCUGGCGGCGCUGGCGACCCUGGCGCCGGGCGAGAGCCACGAGCUACACGCGCCCACGCCCACGCAGCCAGCCAUCGUCGUGCACACCGCGCUAGCUCCCGAGGGCGCCCCGCGCUCCUGCUCUAUCCCUCACACCCGCUGUCCUAAUUAUUGAUAUAUUUUUUAUCCAAUUGCAUACUUUUCUAGUUCAUGUAGAAGUUUGAGUGCUUUUUAUUCAUUCACAAGCAACACUGGUCUCAUGGAACACCAAAGAUUGCAUUAUGAGUAAACAGCAUAUAACUUUCUAAAUUGUUGACAUGCCAUCUCGGCUUGUGUUAAGUUAGGCUGAAUAGUAUGAUACUAAUUGCUUUAUAUAGUUUAUUAUUUAAUUUAACACGUAAAAGUUGAAUUGGUGCUAUUCUUAUUGAAAAAGGAAUUUAACAAUGUUUAUUUAUGUAAUUGUUUUAUAUUGGAGCGUACCUACAUGAUGGCUUAAUAUAAAUUAUUAUUUUUGAAACAAUAUUUAAGAGGGUAAUCUUGGUAGGUUUUGUCAAUAGAAAUUAUUAUUAUUUUUUGGUACUACUUACAGUAUUAUUAUACUGUAAUGAUUUUUUGCAUAGUGUAUGGGGUAUUUAAUCUAAUUGAAUUACCAACAACAGUGUGCACAAAAUAGUUAAUUUAUGGUUUAUUUUUAAACAUAACUGCUUUUAUGUCUAGUAGGGUAAUUCGCCAGUAACUGGCCACCUGUUAGUAACUGAUCACCCUAAACUAAAAAUGAAUUCUAAUAACCUAUAAACAAAAUUCAUUUUAGUAUAUGGUGGCUAGUUAUUGAAGGCUGGCCAGUUAUUGUAACCUUAUACUAAAAUGAAUUUUGUUUAUAGGUGAAUAGAAUUAAUUGUUAGUUUAGGGUGGCCAGUUAUUGGCCGGUGGCCAGUUACUGGCGAAUUACCCUUUUUUAUUUACUAACUGUAUAAAAUAAUAGUGCUUUCAAUAGAUUUUAAAAUAUUAAACCCUAUUUAUGAUGUUUUUUAAAAACAACAUAGUCUCUUUUGGUAUUUGCAAGAAAAAAUCUAAUAAUUACUUGUUACCUGAAAACUUGUCUUUUAUUUUUUGAAAGGUUGAGAUUACCUUCUUGAGUAUCUAAAAUUGAUUAUGUUUCUAACAUAGAUUUUGUAUAUGGCUUUGUUACAUGUAGGCAAUAGGACACAUAUCAGCCAAGCUAGACCAAUUUGUUAUGUUUUAAUCAAUAUAAUUAAAGUGAUUGAACUAAUGGAUACAUGUUCCUAUUUCAUUACUUUAAUUAUCAGGAAUUCUGAAUUUAAAUGAUUGUUAUUGCAUUUGUAGACUCAUAGAUUGUUGUGAUAUAAUGUAAAUUUUAAAUUUGUGAUGUCAUAUUACAAAUUAUGUGUAAAUAAUAAAUUAUUUUUGCAACAAGCAAAAUUAUCUAAGGAAUCAAAGUGACACCAACACAUUGCUUUUUUACAGUUAUUAAAAAAAAUCAAAUCUAUAGUAUGUUUAUCAAUUAUUAUUUUAUUUGAUGUAGGUAGGUACUUCAAUACCAUCAUCUGGUGUCCUUAUUUAUUUGUAAAAACAACUGUCUUGUCUAUAUAAUAUCUAAUUCUUAUGUUUCGCUCAACUGCUAUGUCAUAAAAUAAACCUUAGAGCUCGUUCCCACUAUGUCGGAUGUCGUGGCGAUUUUUAAUCGUGUGUCGUUGCCGCUGUUCUCACUAUGUCGGAUGUCGGAUCCGGAUUUCAAUCGGGUGUCGGCGGUACUGUUCCCACUAGUCGUCUGUCGUGCACGAUCGCAGCUGGCGUGUAUUUUU